CACGCGGUGGGCCCCUGGGCGGGGGACAGGUAGGGUCUCCGCCGGGCGCCGCAAGGGCUCUACCUUCUACGGGGAGUCUCCGCUCGGGCUCCGGCCAGGGGAGGCGGCUCCGGCGGGGCAGGCUGGCUCCACCCCCCGGCUGGCCGCGCGCCCGCGCCUCCCAGUUCCCGGAGCCCGAGUAGGGGCUCGAGGUGGUGGCGGCGGCGGCUCCGCUCCCAGCUGGGCGUCUGGGCGCGGGGCCAGGAGGGGAGCGGCGGCGGCGGCGCUGGGCGGCGGAUAGCGCGGAGGGCGGCGGCCUGGACCCGCCGAGCCAUGGCGGCCCCGGAGCCGGUGCCGAGGCGGGGCCGGGAGCGGGAGGACGAGAGUGAGGACGAGAGCGACAUCCUGGAAGAGAGCCCGUGCGGCCGCUGGCAGAAGCGGCGGGAGCAGGUGAACCAGGGGAACAUGCCCGGCGUCCAGAGCACCUUCCUGGCCAUGGACACGGAGGAGGGGGUGGAGGUGGUGUGGAACGAGCUGCACUUCGCUGACAGGAAGGCCUUUUCGGCCCACGAGGAGAAGAUCCAGAUCAUGUUUGAGCAGCUGGCGCUGGUGGACCACCCCAACAUCGUCAAGCUGCACAAGUACUGGCUGGACGCCUCGGAGGCCCGAGCACGGGUCAUCUUCAUCACAGAGUAUGUGUCAUCGGGCAGCCUCAAGCAGUUCCUCAAAAAGACCAAGAAGAACCACAAGGCCAUGAACGCCAGGUCCGUCCGCCGCCAGGCCUGGAAGCGCUGGUGCACGCAGAUCCUGUCCGCGCUCAGCUUUCUGCACGCCUGCAGUCCCCCCAUCAUCCACGGGAACCUGACCAGUGACACCAUCUUCAUACAGCACAACGGCCUCAUCAAGAUCGGCUCUGUGUGGCACCGGAUCUUCUCCAAUGCGCUCCCAGACGAUCUUCGAAGCCCCAUCCGUGCUGAGCGGGAGGAACCUCGGAACCUGCACUUCUUCCCGCCAGAGUACGGAGAGGUUGCCGAUGGCACUGCCGUGGACAUCUUCUCUUUUGGGAUGUGUGCGCUGGAGAUGGCUGUGCUGGAGAUCCAGGCCAAUGGGGACACCCGGGUCACAGAGGAGGCCAUCGCUCGCGCCAGGCAUUCUCUGAGUGACCCCAACAUGCGGGAGUUCAUCCUCUCCUGCCUGGCCCGGGACCCUGCCCGCCGGCCCUCCGCUCACAGCCUCCUCUUCCACCGUGUGCUGUUUGAGGUGCACUCGCUGAAGCUCCUGGCCGCUCACUGCUUCAUCCAGCACCAGUACCUCAUGCCUGAGAACGUGGUGGAGGAAAAGACCAAGGCGACGGACCCGCACACGGUCCUGGCAGAGAUCCCCCGGCCGCCCCGGCCCCCGUUGCAGUGGCGGUACUCAGAGGUCUCCUGCUUGGAGCUUGACAAGUUCCUGGAGGAUGUCAGAAAUGGGAUCUACCCACUGAUGAACUUCGCUGCUGCUCGGCCCCUGGGGCUGCCCCGUGUGCUGGCCCCACCCCCCGAGGAAGCCCCAAAGGCCAAGACCCCGACGCCAGAACCCUUUGACUCAGAGAGCAGAAAGGUGAUCCAGAUGCAGUGUAACCUGGAGAGAAGCGAGGACCAGGCGCGCUGGCAUGUGAGGGGGGGGCCACCGCCCACAGAGGCGCGGGAGCGCGGGAGCGCGGGAGGGGCGGGGCCGACUCCGGAGCCCACCUCGCGCUCCCGCCUCCCCAGCUCACUCUGCUCCUGGUGCUGGAGGACAGGCUGCACCGGCAGCUCACCUACGACCUGCUCCCAACCGACAGUGCCCAGGACCUGGCCGCCGAGCUGGUGCACUACGGCUUUGUCCACGAGGACGAUCGGCCGAAGCUGGCCGCCUUCCUGGACAGCACCUUCCUCAAGUACCGUGGAGCUCAGCCGUGACCCUGAUUCCGCCUCAGCGCUCCAGCUCCCCAGCCCCCUGGAACCAGACCUGGUGGCUCCCGUGGGGAAGCUCGGCAUUGGCCCCGGCGUCUGGGUGGGGGACCAGGGGCCACCUCUGCCUGUGUGCCUGGUAGUGAGGAACCUCCCCCUUCCACAGCUCCCAGCAACCCUGCGGUGGGGCUGAGGGUGGUGGGGUCAGGCCCGUCAGGGGCGAGGGAGCCAGGGCUGGGGCUGGGGGGCUGGUUAGGCCCCGCAUGUCCUUAGGAUCAGGAUCCCCCCAUCGGCCAGCUUCCACAACUCAGCAUCCCUUCCGUGCCCUUCAUUUCCACCCCCGACGCCGUCUGGUCAUGAGGGGCUGCCCUGCAGGGAAACGCGGCACAGUGCUGGGGGGCUGAGGGGCGGGGGUCGGCCCUGGACAGAUGUGUGCCCGGGGAAGCGCUCCAUUCCAAGUUGCUACCGCAGAGCCACACGAGGAACCGGAAUCGCCGCCUUAAACCCAUGGUAAACCACCUGCAGGUGUCAGGCGUGGUGCUGGGCACUGGGCAGGGCCACGGCCCUGCAGCUCCAUGUGGCUCUCGCACCCCGCCCCCCGGCCAGUGCAGACCCUCCAAAGGGCUAUUUUCUGUCCGUGUUCCCUGGCCUCGAGUGGUCAGGGUCAGGCACCCUCCCUGCUCCUCCCAAGCUCACCACCCCUCCUGCUACCUCUCUUACCUCCUCCUGUGGCAGCUGCCUUCCUGGGUCCUAAGGCUACCAGCCCCGGCUCCCUGUCUCCUCCACCCCUACCCCCCAUAACCCUAGCCUCCGUUCACUUGGACCACCUCCCUUCAUUUUCAGAUGUAGUUGAUCACUCUUAAAGAUUUUAAACUGCGUGUAUAAA